GAGUAAAGUUUAGUUAGUUUCUUCAGUUUUGGAGAACGAACAUCGUGGGUUUCAUUUUAUAAGUGACAUUCAUAACUUAAAAUAAGAACAAAAAAACAAAGAGGCGUACAGGUCGGACGGCCGUUGAGACAGCGACGUCGAUUAUCUCACAGCAGCCCCCUUCAUAUCAGACGUACAACAUGACUUCGACAGUAUUGUUGAAAAGAUGUGUGGUAGGCUUAACGAAAUCAACAAUGCCUCGAAUGAUGCAACCACAAACUGCCGCAAUUGUGAACCAAACAUUUGAUACUAGAUAUAGUUACAAAUCUUGCUACGAAAAACUCAAAGUUGGAGUUCAACAAGAACUACUCUUCAGCCAGAAUUACAUCGACAUGGAAAAGGUGAACAAAUUGAUGCAAAUCAGAGCUGGUCAUAAAAUUCUAACCAUCGCAGGAAAUGGAACACACGCUCUUUCUAAGCUACUUGCAGACCCUGAACAAGUCAUUGCGUUAGAUGUAGACGCUCCUGCACUUCACAUGGCUAAGUUACAGGCAACGGGGAUGGAACUACUUUCGAGAAAUGAGUUCUGCUCACUGAUAGGUAUAAAUAGAAGGACCGUCCCUCCAAAUGAAAGACUGAAAAUCUAUGAACAUAUUAGACUUGCUCUGGAGCCUGAAACGGCUGCCUUUUGGGACCUAUCAUUGAACUACAUUAAAGAUGGUCUUCUUUAUUGCGGAGUAAUCGAUCAAACUGUGACUGCGUUCUCUGAUUCAGUACUUCCCCUGAUUCAUGAUAACUCGACGAUCCAGGAGUACCUUGCGUUAGGCAAUGACAUGAACGAGCAAAUCAGAUAUCAUGAGGAAAUUUGGAAUUCAGAGAUAUGGCGAAAGGAGUACAUGAUCAUGCGAAAUAAAAAUAUGUCCACGGUCAGUGGUCCGAUGGAAGAUAUCAAUUAUGGUUUGGCGUGUUUGCGCCAGUAUGACAGAGUAAUACGACACGUUCCAAAUAACAAAAACGUGUUUUUGGAAACACUCCUUACAGGCGAUAUAACUGGAAAAUGUAUGGCUGGCCAUCUGAACCAAUGUAUCGUCAUACUUUAA